UCUCUUUUCACGAUUUCUUCUCUCUGAGUCAUUCCCUGUAAUGGCGGACUACUAGGAAUAAGAUCUCUUCAACCCCUAACUUUAAUCGAACUAGGGUUUCCAGCAACAAUUCAUAGCAAAACGAAUGGAUCCGGAAUCUGUGUCCGGGUCUGGGGAAUCUCGUCUGAAGUGGUAUAAGACAACCCUUUGUCUGGCAUACCAGAGUUUGGGUGUUGUAUAUGGUGAUCUAAGCACGUCGCCAAUCUAUGUUUACACGAGUACAUUCUCCGGGAGGUUGAGUCUUCACGAGGAAGAUGAUGAAAUUCUUGGGGUCCUUUCAUUGGUUUUCUGGACUUUGACUUUAAUACCUCUCUUUAAAUACAUAAUAUUUGUACUGGGAGCAGAUGAUAACGGCGAAGGUGGAACUUUUGCUUUGUAUUCAUUGCUUUGUCGGCGUGCAAAGUUGGGCCUUUUGACUGCUUCCUGUGUACCAGAUGAUGACUCUUGUGCUCAAGACCCUGGACCAUCUGUCGAGGAUACAAGAACCAGCUCUCUUUUAAAGGAGUUUUUUGAUAAGCAUCAAAGUUCUAGAAUCCUAUUGCUGUUAGCUGUGCUCUUGGGGACUAGUAUGGUCAUUGGUGAUGGCAUCCUAACCCCGUCAAUGUCUGUCCUUUCCGCAGUUUAUGGCAUCAAAGUAAAGGCAGCCAGUCUACAUGAGAAUUAUACUGUAUUAAUUGCUAGUGCAAUUUUGGUGGGUUUGUUCGCGCUUCAGCAUGUUGGAACGCAUAAAGUUGGCUUUCUAUUUGCUCCAAUCCUGUUAGCUUGGUUGUUAUGCAUUAGCGGGGUUGGGAUGUACAACAUAGUGCACUGGAACCCCGACAUUGUCAAUGCUCUUUCUCCAUACUAUGCGUAUAAGUUUUUCCAAAAGACUGGAAAAGAUGGAUGGACCUCCCUUGGGGGUAUCGUCCUUUGUGUUACAGGGGCAGAGGCCAUGUUUGCUGAUCUUGGCCAUUUCUCUCAUCUUUCUAUCAGGAUUGCAUUCACUGCAGUUGUCUACCCUUGCUUGAUCCUGGCAUAUAUGGGUGAGGCUGCUUAUCUUUCUAAGCACAAACAGGACCUUCAGAGAAGCUUCUACAAAGCCAUUCCUGAGGCUGUAUUUUGGCCAGUAUUUGUAAUUGCAACUCUUGCAACAGUAGUGGGAAGUCAGGCAAUUAUCUCUGCCACUUUCUCAAUUAUCAGCCAGUGUAGAGCACUGAGAUGCUUCCCUCGUAUCAAGGUGAUUCAUACAUCAAGUCAAAUACAUGGGCAGAUUUACAUACCAGAGGUGAACUGGAUGUUGAUGGUUUUAUGCCUAGUUGUUGUAAUUGGCUUCAGAGAUACAGAUGCGAUAGGCAAUGCAUAUGGCCUUGCUGUUAUCACUGUGAUGUUUGUUACCACCUGCUUGAUGUUUCUCAUCAUUAUAAUGGUUUGGAAACGAAAUGUUCUAGCAGCGGUUGCUUUUGUAGUUGUUUUUGGAUCUGUGGAGUUCCUCUACUUUUCUGCCUGCAUUGCCAAAGUCCACAACGGGGCCUGGCUCCCUCUUGUUUUCUCCCUAGUACUCAUGUCUGUGAUGGGAAUCUGGUAUUAUGGUACUUUGAAGAAGCAUUCCUAUGAAAUACAUAACCGGGUAUCCUUGGAGACACUUCUACGCCUGGGUCUGAAUAAUGGUGUAAAUCGUAUACCUGGGAUUGUCCUAAUAUACUCUAAUGUGGUCACAGGGGUACCACCAAUGUUUGCCCACUUUGUAACCAACUUUCCCACCUUCCACCAAAUCCUCAUGUUUGUUACCAUUCAGACUCUGACAGUUCCUAAUGUUCUUCCCCAUCAGCGAUAUCUUAUCAGCCGCAUUGGCCCACCUGAGUUUCGUAUAUAUCGGUGCAUAGUCAGGCUUGGCUACAAGGAUGCUAGGCAGGAUGCUCAUUCCUUUGAGAGUAAUCUGAUCGACUCUUUGGUCAACAUCUUGUCAUGCCCUGGUGAUGAUUUCAUUGAUGGAGAGGAAACAACUGUGGAUCAGCUGCAGCAGUCUAAUCCAGUGGUGGAUGGGAUUACUGUGAGACAUGAGAAUGGAAAUGGGUUAAACCGGAGGACGGUCAGAUUUCGUGGUGGUAUAAAUAUUGAGGAACUGAAGGACCUAGCGAGGGCUAGAGAAGCUGGUGUUGCAUACAUGAUGGGCAAUGUUGGUGUGGUGGCCAGCGACGCUUCUUCGUAUUGGAAGAAGUUUGUCAUUGAUAUUGUGUAUGGCUUCUUACGACAGAACUGCCGGCGUCCUUCAACUGCGCUUGGGGUACCACACACUUCUCUCAUCGAAGUAGGGAUGGUCUAUCGUGUAUAAAAUUAGGUGAAGAAAUUUUCUUUUUUACGGCAUUAGCUUGAGUUAGGUAAUAGAAGAUUCAAAGAUGAUGUAGAGGAGUUGAAAUGGGGAAUCGAUAUCACGCUUCCUGAUCAUAGGAAAACUAAUGAUAAAUUGCUUUAUAGGAUCAAACUGACUGUUGUAGGAGACUUGCAGUAUCCUGGGUUUCAUUUGUUAGGGUUGCAACUCUCAUGAAAAGUAGAUAGAUGGAGCUGCUUUACCCAACAACGAAGAUGAAAAGUUCUUUAACACCCAAUUCUGUAUUGUCUUUUUUCCAUCUCACACCAGUAAUUAUAUCAAGAACAAAAAACUGGAAGAAAGAAAAGGUAUUUUACAAUAAAUUUGGAAAAUUAAUCACUCUUUACAUGCAGAGAAUUUAAAGGAACACAAACAAAAAAA